UGCAACCGAGAAGAAGCAGGUGACGUCAUCCAAAGGGCGCCAAAUCUGCAGCAGAGAAACAUAACACGAGAGGUGCACAGAGUUCCUGCGCUGCACGAGAAGGAGCCUUGGUCAUGGACUUAAGCCACUUUGACUCAAACAACUCGGUCAGCUGCAGGCUGGCCUCUCAGGUCCCGGAUGUGUGUCGGACUGAGGACUGCUGUCUGGGCAUCGACGAGGCCGGCAGAGGGCCUGUGCUGGGGCCCAUGGUGUAUGGAAUAUGUUUCUGUCCUGUUUCCAAAAAGGGAGAGCUGAAGGACUUGAAAGUGGCAGAUUCAAAGACUCUAACAGAGGAGGAAAGAGAGAAUCUUUUUGAGAAAAUAGACGAAGCCAACAGUUUUGUCGGCUGGGCUCUGCAGAUUCUCUCACCAAACACCAUCUCCACCAGUAUGUUACAAAGGACAAAAUACAACCUGAACGCCCUGUCACAUGACACAGCGAUCGGUUUAGUACAGUAUGCAUUGGACAGUGGAGUGCAGCUCAAAGAGGUGUUUGUGGACACAGUUGGCCCAGCAGAGAAGUAUGAAGAUAAACUCUCCAAGCUGUUCCCAGGUAUCGAGGUGACCGUGAGGCCAAAGGCUGACUCGCUCUUCCCCGUCGUCAGUGCAGCCAGUAUCUGUGCCAAGGUGGCGAGGGAUCGUGCCGUAAAAGGCUGGAACUUCCAAGAGGACCUGGGAGAGGUGGAUGCAGACUAUGGAUCAGGAUAUCCCGGCGACCCAAAGACUAAAGCAUGGCUCCAAAAGUACCUGGACCCCGUGUUCGGUUACCCUCAGUUUGUUCGGUUCAGUUGGAGCACCGCUAAAAUCCUGAUGGACAACAAGGGCGUGGCCGUCCACUGGGACGAUGACGAAGAAGAUGGGGAGAAAGCAGCCCAGCGGAAGAACAACAAGUCAAUGCUGUCCUACUUCAGUGCGUCAGCCGGAGGUAACACCCAGAACCCGACCCCGCAGACGCACCGCUUCUUCACCGAGCGGAGACUGAAGAACCUCGACACGCUCUGAAGACAGCACGCUAGAGGACAUUUUCAUUAUAACUCAAUGACUUGACACAUCACUGGUAACGAUGGACCUGAAUGCAACAUUACAGAUGUGCGAUGUUUGAAUCUUCAGUGACGUAGAAUGAAGAUCUAUCUUUACUUGCCCUGUUUUCACCAGUUUUUUUGUUUUUUUUAAUACAUAAAAAAUGUUCUAAACCUCGUGA